CGACUUAAGCAGUUAGAAUCACGUUUCGAUAGGAUGCCUCAAUUGAAAACUGAAUAUACCAGAGUGCUUGAUGAGUACCUAGCCAUGAACCAUAUGGAAGAAGUUCCAGAAGAGGAGAUGGAAGAUCCAGCUGUCUAUUUAUCGCACCAUGCUAUAAUAAGAGAGGAGAAAGAGACAACGAAAUGUAGAGUCGUAUUUGACGCGUCAGCCAAGGGUUCCAAUAACAAAUCAUUAAACGAUGAUUUACUAGUCGGACCCCAGCUACAAGAAGACUUGCGAAACAUUAUCAUGCGUUGGAGGAUGAGAAAGGUAUGUUUUGUGGCCGAUGUUGAAAAAAUGUACCGCCAAAUACUGGUAACAAAGUCUGACACCAACUAUCAACGGCUACUAUGGCGUAAUAAUCCAAACGAAGAAAUUAAAGAUUAUCGCCUACUUAGAGUUACCUUUGGGACGGCAUCGGCUCCUUAUUUAGCCGUCAAGACGCUCCAUCAGAUAGCUAUGGAUGAAGGCAAGGACCAACCUAAUGCGGCAAGAGUCAUCAAGGAGGACUUCUAUAUGGAUGAUUUGAUAUCCGGGAAUGACAACGUGGACGAGGCCAUAACCACAGCACGGGAAGUAAAGAGCAUACUUCAGCGAGGAGGUUUUCACUUACAAAAAUGGACCUCAAACAAACGAGAGUUCCUGGAGCAAAUUGAAGCGUCGCAGCGAAGUUCGCGAGUUAAGAUGGAUAUCAAGUUAGAUGGAACGAUUCAAGCAUUGGGACUAUCCUGGAAUGUGGGCAACGACACUUUUCAAUAUACCUUAGAGCUACCCAACAUUCCUGAAAUUGUAACCAAACGAAAUAUACUUGCUCAAGUACAAAGAUUAUUUGAUCCUCUUGGUUGGUUGGCUCCUGCAAUUCUACCAGCUAAAAGUUUACUACAACAUUUAUGGCUUCAGGGUAUUAGCUGGGAUGAGGAGGUCAGUGCUGAUGUUAAGCAAAAAUGGAUAAACUUACGUCAAAGCUUUGAUUACCUCUGCGAUAUCGAAGUAGAUCGAUGGCUAUAUACGACUCAACGUAAUGUGCAAGCAGUUUCAGUGCAUGGGUACUGUGAUGCAUCCACAAAGGCAUAUGGAGCUGUAGCUUACCUCAGAGUUGAGACAGAAGAAGGAGAAAUACGAACAGGAAUAAUUGCUGCCAAAACACGCGUCGCACCUGUGAAACCAGUAUCUCUUCCAAGACUGGAAUUGUGCGCAGCGGUGCUCCUGUCUAGACUACUCAAACAAGUAAAAGAAGCAAUGAGAAUACCUGACACUCACGUAUAUGCCUGGACAGAUUCUUCUGUCGUGCUCUCAUGGCUAUUGGGUGACCCGGGAAGGUGGAACGUAUUUGUCAGCAAUCGAGUCGUCGAGAUAUUAGACAACAUUGGCAAUCAAAGGUGGUACCAUGUUGCCUCUGAAGAUAACCCAGCCGACGUCGCGAGUAGAGGAACAACCCUUAAAAUACUAGUACAAGAUCAAAAAUGGUGGAGAGGCCCGAAGUGGCUGCAGACUGACGACAUUCCAUAUAGAAGACCUGAAAUAAAAGAAACAGAAUUAGAAAGAAAGAGAAAUAUACAAGUAAACGUGAAUAUAGAAAGUGAAGAACCUGGAAUUAAAUUUGAAGAGUUUGAUACAUUGUCAGAGCUGAUGAAGACCGUUGUUUAUGGCUUGCGAUUCCUUAAUAGUAAGAAGACCCCUGAAAACAUACAAAAGGAAUUAACAACUACAGAACUAGAAGAUGCUUUAAUAAGAUGUAUAAAAAUAGAACAAAGAAGAGAGUUUGGUGCGGAGCUAGACAAUCUAGUGAAAGGCAAAGAUGUAAAAAGGGAUAGCGCAAUAAAGGGGUUGAAUCCUUACCUUGAUGAGAAAAAUGUUCUCAGGGUAGGCGGAAGACUUAGGAAUGCUGACAUUCCUGAAGAAAGAAAACAUCCUAUUAUACUUAAUAGUAGAAAUGCGUUGACACUGUUAAUAAUAGCAGAUGCUCAUCAGAAAACUCUGCAUGGCACGAUGCCGUUAAUGUUUGUCUAUCUACGUUCAAAGUACUGGAUCCUCAGAGUUAAAAAUGCAAUUAAAGCACACAUUCACAAAUGUGUAGUUUGCGCCAGACAAAGAGCGAUUACACGAACACAGAUUAUGGGAGACCUACCUAAAGUUCGCAUAACGCAAGCCCGACCAUUCUUACAUAGCGGCGUAGAUUUUGCUGGGCCAAUACAAGUUUUGAUGUCAAGAGGCAGGGGAGCAAAAUCUAAUAAGGCCUAUAUUGCAAUUUUUGUCUGCAUGGUAGUCAAAUGCAUCCAUCUCGAACUGGUAGGCGAUAUGACCUCAGAAUCCUUCAUAGGCGCCUUCAAGCGUUUUGUUGCUCGUCGAGGAAGAUGCACGCACCUAUGGAGUGACCAUGGACGCAACUUUGUCGGCGCCGACAAGGCCUUGACCAUAGCAUGGAAAGAAUCAAAUUUAGAACUCCCAGAGCGGAUACGUGGCAUACUUGCUGACGAUGGAACGCAAUGGCACUUCAUACCUCCAUAUAGCCCAAACUUUGGAGGUCUGUGGGAGGCUGGCGUCAAAUCAGUAAAGUUCCACUUAAAAAGAAUACUCACCGCCAAUCUCACCUUCGAAGAGUUAAGCACGACGUUAUGUGAGAUUGAGGCGUGUUUGAACAGUCGGCCUUUGAUUCCUGUGGACACAACCGACCCAGAUGUCGAAGUACUCACACCUGGACAUUUUCUCAUCGGGGAGGCGCCAGUUACCAUACCUAACCCUGAUUUACUGGAGAUCAACACUAACAGGUUAUUACGUUGGCAAUUCACCCAAAAACUCGUCAGAGAUUUCUGGCAUAAGUGGCAAAAUGAAUAUCUCUCCCGUCUUCAAGAAAGGCCAAAGUGGUUGAAACGCGAACGUGAAUUCGACCUCGGCGAUAUUGUAUUGAUAAAGGACGAUCAACUUCCACCAGGAAAAUGGUCACUUGGUCGGGUGCUGGACAAGCACCCAGGUCCGGAUGGUGUGACACGUGUCUAUAGUGUGCGUUGUCGCGGGGAUGUUAUCAAACGUUCAGUGUCAAAAUUAUGUGAACUGCCUGUUAAUACUAACGAUCAAUAAUUGUGAUUUCGCAUUA